AAUGUAUGUUCGUUAGUCUCUAUGUAGUAUGUCGAUAGAGUUUUAAAAAUGCCCGCAAAUUGAAACAAAAUUUAAAUUUUUUUGUGGCUAUGGAUAAUAUUAAAAGUAUUAACGUUACUUAUACACAGCUUUCAUCUUUGGAUGUAGAAUUUAUUUCCAAAAAUAUAACUAAAGAAUACGCCUUCAGUGUUAUUUCCAAAGCAAUUGAAUGUAGAGACAUCACUGCUAGUGACGUACUAAAUCUGUGGGUGAAAAAGUUGCAAAAGAUUUAUAGUUAUGAAAAUUUUUGUCGAUCCGAUUGGGGUAUUUUAACGCUUUGCUGCCAAAAUUAUUUCGAAAAAAUGGCGCUCGAAAUGACUUGUAUUGUUGAUGAUAAAACAUAUAACCAACUAAGUUGUUGGCUAAAAGAAUCUUCGGAGUUUCUCAAAUCUAUUCAUAUUUGUGAUCAAAAAUUUAAUGUGACUGGAAUGUGCCUAUUUUUUGACACUAUUUUGGAUUUAGCCCAAAAAUCCUGCCAAUUUUUUGAAUUGAAUGCCAAAAAGUCUGAUUUAACGUCACAAAUAGGAUGGAUAAAUUUUCUGCAUAACAUAUCACAUAAGCUAUUAUGGGAUUGCCUUGAAAUUCAUAGACAAAUAAGUGAUACGGAACAUUGCACUAUUUUUCACUAUAUUAAAACUUUAUGCACGGGUGUUGCAAAUGAUAAAUUUAUAGAAAUUAAAAUCAAGGUAGAAGCUUGGAAAUUUGUUGCGAAAUUUACUUUGAAAUAUGGUGCUUAUGCAAAAAUUUAUAAUGAGCAACUUGAAGAAAAACUACCUAUUCGUAUUUUACUCCGACAAGCGGAAAAGAGUUUACUGAUGAUUUAUAAGAAGGAACUUGGAGAGGAUGACAAAUAUGUGGAUCAGUAUUUGCGAAUUACUGCAUUUUAUAUGGAAAUAUUAUAUAGAAUUACAACAGUUUAUAAGCCCUCGGAAUUUCCUGAAGUUAAAAUGUUUUUUGAAGUUCUACUCCUUUCCAAGUCGCCGCCUAGUUUUCUGCGAGGGAGCAGCAUUUUUACUUGCAUCGAGAAGCAUGUCUACCCUGGUUUAUCCAAUAUACUAUUAUUGUUAUAUAAAAAUUAUGAAUUUCAAAAGUUGAUAGCAAAUCAUAUUGGAGGAAGCGACUAUUGCUACGAGUUCAUUGUAACUUAUAUUCAUUGUUGUAUCACCAAUAAAGAAGAUGAUUACUUUGAAAGAAGUGCCGAACUGAUUUUCGAAAUUUUUAAACGGUUAUUUCAAAGACCUGACAUAUUCGUGAAUGCAGUACGUUUUGAUGAAAUAAUAGAUGUGUAUGCUACUUUGGCUCUUUUGGAUUCUUCCGGGACUUUGUUAAGCAACAUGCAGCAAUAUGUUAUUAAAGGAAACUCAGCUUUAUCCUUUGCAUGUACAGAUGUGUUGAUAUUAGUAUCAAGCUGUAAGGACAGUCGAGCUUAUGAGCUCAAAGAUGGUCUUCAGUUCUGGGUGGAAACAAACAAUCGUUUCGCUCAAUUUUCCUCAAAUUACCGGCGCCUGAAUGUUGAACGACUUAUGGAGAAUUAUAUAAUAUUAAGCUCUGGAUUAAAUUUGGAAGAAAAUAUUGAACAUCAAUUUCAUCAAUCGAUUAACUUACAAAAUAAUUACAGCAUACUUCGUUGCAUAAACAAUGUCAGCAAUACAUUGGAUAUGAAAAUAUUGAGCUCGAAAGCUAUCAGCAAAUUUAGCAGAUUGAUGGAAAUUUUUGAUCGCAAUGCGAUGAGUUUAAAGGACUAUUAUAAACUUGCGUCCACCGUUCUAGCAUUGCGCCAGCUCUUGUGUGACCACAAGAUCCUUUUGGCCUAAAGUAGAUGGGGAAUCAACUGAACUACUUGCCUUGAGCAAAGUUUAUCCAGCCCUUACAAGACUGAAGCUGAAACAUCUCAGCUGUUUUACUUUCGGCAAACCAGAAUAUAUAGUUGGAACUGGCGUAUCUCAACAAUUGCAUUAAAUUAUCUUACAAUUCUUUCAAAACUUAAUGACCAUAAGCAAAUGAAAACUAUGUGAAAUAGAUAUUUUCGCUAUACAAUUAAUUGUUAUGCUCCUGCAACAUGUUGUUACAAAGUAUAAUAGUCUCUAAUUGGAUCAAAUCCGCUCAGAGCAGAUCCCCUAAGCACCCCUACUUCUCGUCAACUCCGCAUAUAACGGUACUGUUAAAAACUACUAAAAGUGCGAUAAAUCAUUAACUGAAUACGACAGAAACAUACAAUUUUAUACCCGGGAUUGUAUGAGAAGAGCCGGGGUAAUAACUGGACGAUGGGCAUAGCAGCGCUCACUUUUAGGUGAAAUCACAUAUCUCGGUACCUGCUCGGUCAAUUGUUCUCACAUUCCUAUUUAUUAAAGCCUACAGGUAUUAUACAUUGGGUAGUCGAAAAAGUUAUCAAAUACAAUAAUAAUGUGCGAAAAAGAUCGUGCUCGAAGGGUGGCUAGGCUCAACAAUGAUCGCAAAGUAAGAUCAACCAAAAUGAUACAUAUUUGGUUCAUUAAAGUUCAUUUUAAAUAUAAAAAAAUAAGUUGAAGUUUGAUUAAAAUACGAAGACUUUUUCUACUACCCAAUAUUUCCGAGUUUUUUCCCACGCAGGAAUCUAGUAGUUUUAUGACGAACGUUCAAGUUAGCACUCGAAUUAAGUCUGACUUCUGGAUUAUAGUUGUCGGUAUUCGUGCGGAUGACUACCAGAGCAGUAUAUUUGAAAACGCUGAUAACAAUCCUGUGUUUACAUUUAAAAAAAUCACUAUAUAAAGUAUUUAAUAUGUUCAAAUAAUGCAAUAAUCCAAAAAGAGGCUUUCGAAAUAAAAUAAAAAAAAAUUAAUUUCACGUUCGUCGUGAAAUCUCUAAUCUGAAAAAUUAUUUUCUUAUAUAUAAGACUGUAGCGUAUAUGCACAAUUAUUUCAAUUGUUAU